CAGUGCAACAGCUCACAAAAAGAAGUCAAGGAUUCUCUCUGAUUGGAGGUUGUUUUAAAAACAGGGAAAAAUGCACCAUGUCAUGAGAACAUUCAAGCAGUCCCACGGUGAAGCCCACGGAUAGAGGAACUGAGGUCUUCAACCAUUAGCUGGACCCAACUUGACAGUCAUGUGAGUAAAGCAACUUGAAUGUAGACCUUCUAGGCCCAACUACACCAUCAGAUGACUGAAACCUCAUCCAACAUCUGACAGCAACUUUAUGAGACAUUCAGUGAGAGUCUACCCGAAGAUACUCCUGAAUUCGUGACUCACAGAAGCUGUGAGAGAUAAGUGUUAUUGAGCCGGAAUCCCUGGACCCUUUUUUCUUUCUCCCCCAGUGAGACACAGGAAGACUAAAAGGGGCUUAAAUCACCCAAUUUCUCCUCUUCCAAGUCAGAAUCAAGAGGGAAUUUUUCUCUGAUCUUCAUGGAGAGACCCUGGCAGGACUCCUGAAGGUAAUUGUUACCAGCAAUAAAAAUUUGACAACUAUUGAUCUAGAAUAUGAUUCUCGAGGCUGGCUUCACAACAGAAUCACCUGGAGGAGAAAAUGAUCCUUAAUCCACAUCCCCAGAGAUUCUAUUUCAGCUGGUCGGCCGUGGGGUCCAGUACAAGAUACUACCAAGCCCCGUGACAUUUAAAGGGUGACACACAAAGAGCUCCCUGAGCAAUCACCUCCUAAAAUACACAAAAGUCUUUCUAGUUUGCUGGUUGAUUGACAGAUGGUCUGAGGACGCCUUCUUAGAGCCACUCACAGGUAACUGUCCCAGCAGGAAGUAAAGGCUGGCCGCGCUGGCAGCAGAGAGAGCAGGCGGGCGCAGCCGCGCGGUGGAGGCUUCAGCGGGGGCUGUGCUGGAGGGAGUUUCAGCACCGGCCCUGAGCGCAAAGCUCUUGAAAAGUACAUCAAGUCUAAAGUGAACCGGCUCACUCUUGGGCAGUACUGGAACCAUGAGCAAUAAUGGAACAGACUUAACCACUGGUUUCAUCUCCUCUUCUGUGGCUGUCCUUUUGUUUGGCUCAAACUUUGUACCACUCAAAAAAUAUGAUACUGGUGAUGGAAUGUUUCUCCAGUGGGUACUUUGUGCUGCCAUAUGGAUGAUUGCCCUGGCGGUCAAUCUGAUACUACAUUGCCCUAAAUUUUGGCCUUUUGCAAUGGUUGGGGGCUGCAUUUGGGCAACAGGGAAUAUUGCUGUUGUCCCAAUUAUCAAAACCAUUGGUUUAGGCCUUGGAAUAUUAAUCUGGGGAUCUUUUAAUGCCUUAACUGGCUGGGCAAGCUCAAGGUUUGGCUGGUUUGGAAUGGAUGCAGAAGGAGUGUCAAAACCAGUGCUAAAUUACAUUGGAGCUGGAUUAUCGGUAGUAAGUGCUUUCAUAUUUUUGUUCAUCAAAAGCGAAAUACCAAGCAGCACGAGUUCUAUGGACACCACACCGUUGAUGACAGAGCAUGUGAUCAACAAAAUUCAAGAUCCCUGUCGUGACUAUUCCUGGGUGGAUAAACUCUCUACACUGCAACAGCGCAUAGUGGGCUGCAGUCUUGCAGUGAUAUCUGGAAUACUCUACGGGUCUACGUUUGUGCCAAUCAUUUAUAUAAAGGACCACAGCAAAAGAAAUGAUAGCAUAUACACAGGGGCAAGCCAGUAUGAUUUAGACUAUGUUUUUGCACACUUCAGCGGCAUCUUUCUUACAAGUACAGUCUACUUUUUCGCCUACUGUAUAGCCAUGAAAAAUAACCCUAAGCUAUAUCCUGAAGCAGUCUUGCCAGGUUUCCUGUCAGGAGCUCUUUGGGCAAUAGCUACCUGCUGUUGGUUCAUAGCUAACCACUCUCUCAGUGCUGUGGUCAGUUUUCCAAUAAUCACUGCUGGUCCAGGAUUUAUAGCUGCAAUGUGGGGUGUCUUCAAGUUUAAGGAAAUACAGGGUCUACAAAACUACCUAUUGAUGAUAUUUGCAUUUUGCAUCAUCUUGACUGGAGCAUUAUGCACAGCUUACUCUAAAAUCUAACAGGCAUAAGACCAGCAGAUGGCAGCAGUGGGUAAGGGAACACCACUACGGGACUCCACAAAUAUGCCAAGGACAGAGUUCAUUUUCAUACAGCAAAUGGAUCUCUACUUGUCUUGGACUGGGUAAAUGAUUUUUUCCCCCACAAAUGUGAAAAUAAAGAAAACUAAGUUUCAGUCAAGUGUAAAAAUGAAAAAAUCUGCUAAUGAACUAUUUAUGAAGGGAAGACUUUCCUGGGUGACUGCAAUGUCUGCAUUCUCACAGCACUACAGCUGACUGCUCCUUUUACAAUAUGGACUCAAUGGGCAAGGCAACUUAUGCUUGUUGCAUAAGCUACAAAACAGUGUGGAGUUCAUAUACACAAAGAAUUUUGUAUAUGUCCAAGUUUCCAACACGUUACCCUCAUUAAUGAAGAGAGGAAGAAAAAUGUUGGGGAGAGAAAUAGAAGACCCACCUUAUAAUGGAAUUCCAAAGAUAUUUAGAUCCUUUGCUAGAAAAAGUAAAUGUCACGGUUGGUCACUGAAUGUUAAAAAGGCCAUUUCAUUAUUUUUAGCCCAACCUUAUUUUUACUUCAAAUUAAUAUUGUGCAACUCUACAUCACCCACUGGUCUUAGCUCAAAAUACUCUUGAUUAUCUCCAGAUAAAAUCCUCUUCAGAAAAGAAAAAUUUCCCACCGUUGGGAUUAUAUGUAUAAUACAUAUACAAACAAAUACAAGUGCACAUACAUAAAUGCACACACAUAUGUAUGUAUGUAGGGGGAAUUCUAGAGUUGCUGUAGUGAGGGUCUAGCUUAUCAGAAUGAGAAUUUAGAGGGACCAAAAUCUUCUUUGUAUGUAUAAUUUAUUAUUUUUUUCUGAAAUAUACUUCUGUAAAAUUCUCUUUAAACUGGAGACUUUCUUCCUGUUUUAACUGGUGGUUUCCUUUAGGUUAAAGAAAAUAAUGGACAUGUUAUUUAUACAUAUGUGUGUGUGUGUGUGUGUGUGUGUGUGUGUGUAUUCAGAAGAGACAGAAUAGCAUUCUACUUAAGUGUAUGCACGCUAGAGCUAACCCAAAUGGGUUUAAAUCUCACUUGUUCUUCAUCUUAAUUGUAUGACUUUGAACAAGUUCCUGAGCUUCCUGUAUCAGAUUCCUCAUCUGUAAAAUGGAAAAUAGUGAUAAUGAUGAUUAUUGCAAGGUUCAAGUUAAUUAAAAUCUGUACCAUGUGUUCAUGAGUGUCUGGCACUUGUCAAACGUUA